UUAAACAUGACUGACUGUUUAAUUUUGGGAAACUAUGCUCGUCUAUUUGGAGGAGGAAUAUACACAAACAUUAACAGCAUUGGGACAAAUGUAUCCUUCACAUUCAGCAAAGUUAAUAUCAUUAGCAAUACGAUUAGCAAAAGGGUACAAACUGGUGGUGGCGGAGUGCAAGUAGCGUUUUUGUCAGCAUCGGACUCUCCUGUUCCCCCUCACUCUGUGGUGUUUCGUGACUGCAACUUCGAGAACAAUGUUGGUGAAUCAGGCGGGGGAAUCUAUGUAUUUACGCCAUUUGUAGGAACGCAUGGAUUCUACUCACGAUUGGAGGGUUGCAAUUUCACUAAUAACAGAGGUUAUGGAACAGUGAAUGAAUUUGGAGCAGCAGUGGCAAUAUCACUAGCUACAAUUUUUGUGCAGCGUGUAACAGCAGAAAGGCAUGACAUUGUGAACUGUUCUUUCUUCGGGAAUUCUGGUCGUAAUGGAAUUGUGAGUAUCGGCUACUCUCCUAUCAGAUUUUCUGGCACCAAUGAGUUUGUGAAUAAUUCAGGAGCAUCAGUCAGGAUUGUCGGAACUUUAGUUGACUUCUAUGACGACAUAACUUUCAUGGAGAACCACAACCCUGCUGAGGGUGCUCUAAGCCUUUUGUCGUUUGGACAAAUGAGGAUACACAGAGGAUUGCGUAUCGACUUUAUUGGAAACAUUGGAAGGCUCGGAGCAAGUAUUACAGUAAGUACUCCAAACACAUUCUCUGCCUUCUCUAAUCUCCUUGGAAACCCGGCUUGCUUUGCCAUAUAUGAAGAAACUGGAUUGCCUCCCACAGAUUGGAAGGAUGUUUCUGUAAACUUUGACAAUAACACUGCUGUAUUAAGUUCAGCACUCUACAUUUCAAGAUUGAGUCAUUGCUCAUGGUUCAGUUACAGCCCUCCAUAUUUUAGAGAUACCUCCAUACCGGACUGGCCUAUCUGGAAAUUCGGGGAUAAUACAAACAAUGGCUACAUGGACCCACAAAAUUCAAAAUAUUACGUGGGAAGUCUCCCUAUAGAUAUUUCUGUCAAUGUGGAUGAUAUAUCCUUGUGGCCAGGAAAGAACUUUGAAAUGUCUGUGCACGGUGUUGACCAAUUCGGACAUGUCACUUCAAUAAACACACGAUUAUACCAAGCUACCAGUCAAAAUAUGUCGACAAUAAAAUUCAGCCCAGAAAUAGUUGUAAACGCUGGAUCCUCUGGAAGACAUCUCACUGACAAAUUCCCAAUUACGUACUCUGUAGCAAGUGUAGAAGCUUUCUCUGAGAUCAUCAAUAGAUCAGCUGCUGUUGGUAUAGAGGAACCAUUUGAUACAUCUUUGAGGUCUGAUGCUAAUUUUUCUAUAAGAGCAAGUAGCUGUCCUGGUGGAUACAAGCUCAUGGAAUCAAUGUCCCAGAGUGGACCUGAGGAUGUAUACACUUGUCAGUGUUUGGACAAUCCUCAAGUCAUCAAAUGUGAAGACAAUCAAGACAGUGUCAUAAUCAAGGAUAGCUACUGGGCUGGCUAUGUUGAGGCGGGCACUCCCAACCUGUUCUUCCACCCCUGUCCUCCUGGUUACUGUCAGUGCUCACUCAACAGCAGUCUGGGCCCACAGAAAUGUGUCUACACUUACACUCACAGUAACCAGGACCUGCAGUGCACACCUGAGAGAGAGGGUAUUUUGUGUGGCUCAUGCAAGGCGGAGUACGGAGUGAGUGCUCUCCUCAAUAAAUGUGCCACCUGCUCGAAUGGAUACAUCAGUUUGCUCGUUGUUCUUGUAUUUUUGGAGGUUUGUGUCCUGGUGCUAAUUGUUGUGAUCGACAGACCAAUAUCAAGUUGGUUGUAUUCGUUUAUCUUCUAUGUACAGAUUGCUCCAUACAUGAUGGGAUAUUUUUCGGAGAGUUUUCAAACUGUUGGCAUCUACGUUACAUACCUUCAAAGUGCACUAGGGAUGUACUUUAUAUACGAUUUCUGUCUCUUCAAUAACCUGCACCCACUUCUCUCGUACCUGCUUCGCUACAUUCCUACCAUAAGUGCAACUAUCGUGUUCACAAGCAUUUGGAUAACAAGGAAGAGUCGUUGUCUCAAGAUGAAGUCUCUCAAUCACCAUGGUUAUUGGCUGAUAGUGAUUCUCCUCUACCCUCAGCUGGUCCACACCUCUAUCUCAUUACUCAACUGUCCUCAGCUGCCAGACUCUACUGGGAGAACUUCAGCCCGAUGGCUUGCAAAUGGAAGUGUGAAAUGUUUCAGGGGAUGGCACCUACCACUUACUGUUCUGGCAAUCUCUGUUCUACUCAUUUGUUUCUCCAGCGUGAUUUUAACACUGGUCAUUACAGUGAAGAGACCUCUACGCUUCAAGAAAUUGUUAUCCCCGUUGACUGUUGCUUAUCAAGAGAAGAGCCAAUGGCUCUUUGCUGGAAUGGAACUGGGAAGAAGAUUGUUACUUCUCAUUCUCAUAAUCACAUUCCCUCUUAAUAGAGUGUACGCAAUCUUGAUCCUUGUUCUAAUAUUGUCAGCUUAUGCGUAUUUCAUGCCGUAUAAAUCAUGGUUUGCAAAUGCCACUGAAGUGGUGGUGCUACUGAACUUGAUUAUCCUCUUACUACUAAGCACUACACCACUGGUGAGAGAAUCAUUUGGUGCUUUGAUAGAAAUCAAUCCGGGAAAUUGGCUAUUAUACUUAUACAUCCUCUACUAUCUUCCGAUUGUACUCCUUGUUGCUCUCGGCAUCAGUCUGACAGUACAUAGACUUUUAAGGGUUAUCCAGAAGAAGGCGAGAGAAAACCAUGGCAAUGUGGAUACCACAGGCAUGGACAAUCUAACAUCUGCGAGGGAGGACACAUUUUGCAAGAGCACUUCCUAUACACUUCACAUAACGAGGGGCAAAGGAGAGGAGUCUCUUGUGAUGGAAGUUGAACAAAGUACUGAUGAACUUUAACAUUAUCGUAACAUUAUAGCGUAUGCAUGCAUGUAGCUACAUUGUGUAGGUAUGAAUGUGCGUUAUGGACUAUAGAUCUAUGCACAACUCUCAGAUUCAAUUUACAAUUUAGGACCAUGCAUAAGUUGAUUAUAACAAUAAAAGUCGUUUAUUACUAUAAGUUGUCCUAUAAGGAAAUCAAGCCAUAUAUACACGUAUCCGUCACCGUAUAAAUUGAAGCAUGUUAACUCUA